AUGGGUCGCGGUAAGCUAAACAUGGAGCUCAUAUGCAACGAGAGAUCUCGGAUGAUUACUUACCACAAAAGAAAGAAGGGUUUAACAAAGAAAGCUAGGGAGUUCCAGAUUCUUUGUGGCGUAGAUGCAUGUGUUAUCAUUUUUGGGCCAGAUCUGAACAAUCGUCCUGUUGAUGUCGAAACCUGGCCGACCGAUAGCAUUGAAGUCAGACGUAUUAUAAACAGAUUUAGGUCAGAAGGUACUGAUCGCAAGAAAACACAAGAUUUGUCUCAUUUUUUUGAAGCUCGGAAGAAGAGACUAGAUGAUGAAAUUGUUAAACUACGCAAAGCCUGUGUGGAAGCAAAGUUUCCUGCAUGGGACAAUCGUCUCAACUUCUUAUCAGUCGACCAACUUAGGGUACUUGCAGGAGUUUUCGAAGCUAAACUUGAUAUUGCAAAAGGUAGGAUAAUGAAGCUGAAAGGUAACCCCUUUUUGAUGGAGGAUUCGAAGUCAGGGAUAACUGCAGCUGGCUCUAUUAGCAAUAAAUCAAGCCUGAUGGUUUCUAGUAAUUUUACUAACGCCUUGCUUCCGCAGAAUAUUGAAUUAGAGGCUCUUAACCAGCAACCCUUAUCUUAUGCCAAGUCAAUAGAUAUGCCAUUAGCCACAUAUUAUUCAUCUGAUCAGCUACAACAGAUGCCUAUCAAUGGUCCUAUGUUGUUGAUGAUGAACCAUGAAGAUUUCGGUCAAUUUGGUGGUAUUUCUAGUAAUAACACCGUAAGAUCCACAGUUCAUUACAAUUAUGAUCCAGCCACUGAGAUGAUAGGGAAUACGAUGUUCAACAAUCCUAGGGCACACUCAGUAAGCUAUUAUGGCCCAAGCAGGCAACCGAAUUUUUCCUACUGGCAGAAUCCAAUGAUGCAAAAUGUUCCUUCUCAAAUGCGUUUCCCUCAGCUCUCUGAUUUUUAUGAUGUACACGAGUUCUUCAACGGAAAAAAAGAAAAAAAGGUUGUGAGCACUCCUCUCCUAUAA